AUGGCCUCUGAACACCGACUGAAUGCCGGCCUCCGACUCGGCGGCGGCCACGCCAUCGACGCCCGCGUUCUCCACCGACUGAAACCCGGGCGCGCCGUCGUCCGGAUCGGCCACCAGUCGAGCCAACCCAUAUUCUCCACCGUUUCGGACAUCGACUUGGGAUUCGCCAUCACUUCUAAGUACGGCAGCGCCGGUAUAUCGGGAUUCUUGGCCUCCAGUUUCUGUAUAUAUCUGUUCCACCUCUUCGGGCGUCGCCUCGACGUCGGCGUUCACCUUGUCUUUCAUGUCCAGUUGCGUGGCUCCGGUCUGAGCGCCGAGCACUGGCUUCUGGUGGCGGACACGGGCUUUGGGCGGCGGCUUCUCGGGCUCGCCGUCCGUAUUGAACGCGCCCUUAAUGUAGACAAAGGGCGGCAAAACGCGAUGCAAACGGCAGUACUUGCGGCCAAACUCGACCCAAUCGGUGCGAUCGACGCCUCCGCGACCAUCGGUGGUCUCGUCGGCGUCCAUGCGAUGCAACGGAUCCAACGCUGUGAGCAACUUCUCGGCGAACUCCAUGGCGUCGAACUGCUUGGCGUCCGUCUGAAGACGUUUGGCCAGUUGUACGAAGCACUCGUCCUGUUUGGCCAACUGUUCCGUCAGCCGUGUGGUCGCCUCGCGUAUGUCCGCACACUUGUCGGCCUCACGAGUCUCGCGGGCGAUGUCCACGAAGACGCUCUGAUGGCGGGCGAUCUCGUCGGCCGUUUGGUUCGUCUUCAGCAGCGACUGGUCCUUCUGGUGACCGUUGAGGCGACGACUGUUGCGGCGACCGCUGGCCGACGGCGGCGGCGGUUGACUCGGCAUCUGACUGAACGGUACGUUCAACUCUUCGGCCAACUCGUCGGCGUCCACUUCCGUGUCAUCGCCGCCGCCAUUCACCACCUCUUCGUCGUUAUCCUCGAAGAUCUGGGAAUCGCUGAACAUGUCUUGAGACAUGUCUUCCGUGCGGCCAAUGAUUUGAUGAUUAAAAACAAAUUUGUGUUUAAAAACCAAAACACAAUUCAAUGCCUGGUUUUUGGCGCAAUUCACGGGCCGUUCAUAUAUAACGUGCUUUCAUUUGAAGCCAAUGGGGAAUACAACUGUUUCGAAAGACUGAUCCGAAGAGUGGACCACAAGAUGGCGGACACGAGUGACAGUCACCACGAGUUUCAGAAAGUGCUUCGACUUCUUCACAGUCGGGCCAAAGACUCGGCCGACAUAUUGAAGGCGAUGUUGGAUGAGGUGCUCCGCAACCGAUCCAAACCGGACCAGAAGCCAUCGAUGGCCACUAUGGCUGCGGCGGCAGCGAAGACAUCGUACCGAAGCGAGAGUUUUGAGUAUCCAAUGGAUCGGAAGCGGCAGCGCUUGGAUUCGCCGCAACAGACAUCGCGAUCGACCACUUCGUCGCCCCAACCGGUGGGCGCCGUUUCGGGCCUACAAUUGCCGGCAAAAGUGCAAUCACUGCCAGUCAUCGACGAGUACCAGUUCACGGACACCGUUACCACUCCGACCGCUAUUCACACGAUGGCCACCACUGGCGGCGUCGGCGGCGCUGCCAUCAAAGUGGAGGACGACUCGGAGACAGACAUCGAGGACGAGAACACAGACGCCGGAGAGUUCGCCGUCGAAAUGGGUUUGGCGUGCGUUCACUGCAAACAGAUAGACAUCGCGCCCAACAACCAGUUGGUCGAGUGCCAGGAGUGUCACAAUCUGUACCAUCAGGAGUGCCAUCGGCCGCCACUACUCGAUCGGGACAUCUCUGACCCGCGAUUCGUGUGGUAUUGCGCCAAAUGCCAGAAGACAAUGAAGAAGAUUGCGGUCAAACCUAAAUCGGGCGCCAAAGCGAGCGCCGCCGCGCCUGUGGCCGCUCCCGCUGUCGCUCAGAUGAAGGAGUAUUCGUUGCCUAAAGCACUGACCAAAGGGGACAGUAGUGGCGGCGGCGGUGGCGCUGAUACGUCCGCCGUUUCGGGUAUCAGUAGACUUAUACAGCCGUUUAAACGCGAACACAAAGUGCCGGUUCCCGGACAGCCCAGUGGCGCCGCCGCGGCAGCCGUUUCGGCCAAACCAAUUGGUUUGGCGGCGUUGGCCAACAUUAGCCGCUCGGGCUCUGUGGGCAGCGGCGCCGGUGCCGUUAGCGCCGCUUCGGGCGCCAAGAAUAAGGCCGGGAAUGGCAAUAAUGGCGGUUCUGGUGCUGUCAUCGCAUCCCAGAGCAGCGCCACCGCCGCAGACAAACGGCUUCAGAGUCUGAAGAAAAAAUCGUCUAAAAAGUGA